CAGUCUCAGUUGUUUUUAAGUCUCUCUCUCACAGUAAAUAAAUAACAAUCCCUUCAUAUUUAUGUUACUCCGAUUGCACAAUGAUAUACAUGAAAGUUAGAAGGUGAAAUAAAAUAAUUGCAAAUUGAAUAAAAUUGUUGGGGUCAUGCAAAGUGAAAUUCAUAAGCCCGCGAAAUCCGAGAAGACACCGCGGCGCAAGAAUAAGUUGCCAAGCGGCGCAAUGGACUUGUUCGUGUCACCGAAACGUCAAAAAACCGACGAUUUAGAAGUCACUGGAAUAUCACGAAGUGGACGAGUACGAAAAAAGUCCUCGAAGCUUAUGGACUUUGAGUCGCCCGAUGAUUUGGAUCAAAAAUAUAAACGACAAAAAGCCCAACAAUUACAAGUUCAACAAUUAAUUGAUCGAUAUGAACAACAGCAUCAAACUGUAUCAGAACAAAGUCCAACACAUCAGGGAAAUACGCCUAGGGCGAGAAAAAAUUCCCAUGGAUCAAAUAGAAUUAAAGGUGAACCAUUAUCGGACAAUGAGGCUCAUUCAUCGGGAUCCGAUUCCGAAGAUGGUGUCGGGAUGAAUGAUGAGGAGAGAUUUAGUAUGGAAUCGGCAACUGAUGAUGAUGUUGAUCCACUUAUGAUCGAUGAUAAGGAGACGGGUUUUAGGAGAUUGGAACCUCCUGGUCAGGAAGCGCCAUCGCAGGCAAAUAGUUUGUAUAUGUUGGAAAAAUGCAAAAAGAAACUUAUCAUUAAGGAUGGUAAAAUUAUCGGCCGAAUGAAAGCCCAAAGGAAGGAUAAAGGCAAAACAAGAUUUACUGCAUAUAUGCUGUGGGCAAAAGAAAUUAGACAAGAAUUAUUAGAGCAGUGUCCAUAUAUGGACUUUGCUGCGAUUUCAAAGAGACUUGGAGAAUUAUGGGCAACUGUACCUAAUCUCGAAAAAUAUAAUUGGCGUAGACGAGCAAAGAGACUGGCUGCAAAACCAAAUAGUUCACCAACAAGUAAGGAUGAAGCUACGUGGAAAAUGCCACCACCAGCAUCACGCAAGAAAUUUAUUAACAAAAGCGGUGGAAAGGAAACAAAACCUUCAUCAUCGAAAAAAAUGAUUCAAUUGGGCGUACCAUCGAUGGUGGGAAAUUUAUCUCUAUCACCAACUUCAAAUCGUAGUAUCAAGGAUUUAGUGAAUGAACCAGUUAUUGGAACUGGAAUGUAUAAAAUUGUUGGCACUCAACCAGUGGAUGUUGCUGCACAUUUAAAAUUACUCGGUGAGAGUUUAACAAUAAUUGGCGAACGUCUAAAAGAACAUGAGGGUCAAAUUGCCGUUUCUGGUAGUUUAUCAGUUUUACUUGAUUCAUUACUAUGUGCUCUUGGGCCUUUAAUUUGCCUUACACAACAGAUUCCUGGUGCUAAUGGCGCAAAACCACAAAUACUAUCAAAAAUGUUAGAUAACGUCGCGUAUAUAAUGCCCGGUCUUUAACAAAUGUACAUAAAAAUCAUUUUUCUCUAUAAGUACUUUUUUCGUUCUCAUAGGUGUAUUCGUAAAAAAUCAUUUAAGGAAAAAAAAAAAAACAUUUUAUUUAGCAAUUGUACAGUUUUCCUUAUAUUAGUUUUUCUUUUUUUUUAUUAUAAGAACUCUAUGUACAAGUUUAUGUGAAUAUUGCAAAAUGUCGUAAAAAAAAAAUUAUAUAUAUAUAUAAAUAUAUCUUCUACUAGUUUAAAAAAAGAAAAAAAAAUGGUUUAUUUCACCGAAUCAGAGGCAAUAAAUACUUAAAUACUAAA